AUGGACUCCGGCGCCCCGCCAGACUUCCAUGACGUGGAGCAAAAGCUGGGGCGCAAGGUGCCCGAAAGCCUGGCACGGCCGUUGCGCGGGGAGGAGCUCUCGGAGCACCCUCCUGCUGCGUCCGUCCGCGGCCCUGCUGCGGCCUCCGGCCCCCGGCGCUAUCGCGCAGCCGCCCCAGCCAGGCUGGAGACGAAACUUCACCUCCUGAAGCAGGAGAUGGUUAAUCUCCGAGCCACUGAUGUGAAGCUUAUGCGCCAGCUACUUGUCAUCAAUGAAAGUAUUGAAUCAAUCAAGUGGAUGAUAGAAGAGAAAGCCAUUGCCAGCAGAGGCAGCAGUUUGAGUGGCAGCCUGUGCAGCUUGCUGGAAAGUCAGGAGACUUCCCUCCAUGGCAGCUGUAACAGUUUACAAGACUGUAGUGAUGGACUAGAUGGAAUUUCAGUAGGAAGUUAUUUGGACACCUUAGUGGAUGAUGUCCCGGGUCACCUAACCCCUUCAGAUAUGGACCAGUUCAGUGAUUCUUCUAUUAUGGAGGACUCACAACCUCUGCACAGGCAUCCCAAAAUUGAUUCUGAUGAGUACUACUGUUUUGGUUAACAAAAAAAUUUCCAGUAGGACACAAAUGCACUCGUGCUUACCCUUUUUCUUUUGCUGCUAUUUUGUUUCCUGUGCAAAACCUCCAACCUUCUCUUGGAAGGCAAAUAUGAUACUUUGGUUCCACUUGAUAAUUUUUCAGUUACUGCUAAUACAUUUUCCCCUUUUGGGGUGGGCUUUCCUUCUUUUCACUUUUUCUUAAUUUAUUGUUGCUUUUUAAAUUUGUUUGGUUUUGUUUUGACUUUUUAAAACAUUGUAUUUACAGGUCUCUAAAAGUGGUGAAGGAAAAGCUUUAUCUUUAAAAUGAGACUUCAGGGGAUGAGACUAACAAUUUUGUAAUUGUUGGUAAUAAAAUGUCUUCUAAUAAAUAUAUACUGUGGUAAAUUUUCUUGACUACCAGCUUUGGCCUUUCCAAAGACACUGGUCUUAUUGAGCCUUAAAUCUGAAUCUUGCAAAUACCUCUAUAAGAUAAUUUUCCUUUUGUAAGUGAUGAUAUUUGAUUCUGUUAAGCUGUCUUCACUUGGA